AUGGCUCUGCUGGUCUCACUUCCUGGAGGGAUUCUGGACAUGGCUUCUGUCCUGCUUCUGCUGCUCCCAGCAGCCUGUCUGCAAGCUGGUAACUCAGCAGGAUCCAAUAGAGUAAAUACCUUUGGUGUCAACCAACCAGCACGCCUCUCUGGUGUCGAGGGCGGCUCCAUCAAGAUCCCCUUCUCCUUCUACUUCCCCUGGGAGUUGGCAAAGGAUCCACAGAUGAGGAUUCUCUGGAGAAGGAAGUACCUCUAUGGGGAACUGAUCUACAACUCUUCCUCGGGUUUCAUCCAUGAUCAUUUCAAAGACCGGCUCAUCCUGAACUGGACACAGCCUCAGACAUCCGGAGUCCUCAGAAUUCUGGAUUUGAACAAGAAAGACCAGACAGUGUACUUCUGCCAGAUUUAUCUGAACACAAAAAGAGGCGUGCAGAGUUGGCAGUCUACUGAUGGAACCCAACUCGCCAUCACCCAUGCAGCCAGAACCAUCAGGAAGAGCCCCUCCAUCAUCACCUCUGCAGUCACCACGGCUGGACUGGAGGACACAGAGGGACAGAGGAAUCCUUCACUUGUGAACAUAGGAGCCACUGUCGGGGUGGUGGUGGCCACGGCUGUGCUCAUAACCCCCGUCUAUGUGAUGCUGAUCUUCCUCUGGUGGAAGAAAAGGUGA